AUCACAUCAAUCACUUCUCAUUAAACCGAAAGUAAAAUUCUCUCAGACAUUUUGCUGAAGCUCAACAUCGGAGGACAUUUUACCUCGACUGCAGUGUGUGUUCAUUUGGACUGCUUCAUUGAUUUUCCUGGAGGAAGUGUGUUUGAGUAAAGAGAACAGGAUCCUGAAAUGAUGUAUCAGAGAUUACAGAACACAGAGGUGAUGAGAGAGGAAGAUGAUGAACGUCGGCUGCUGUUGAUCGGUAAAACUGGAGGAGGGAAAAGCUCAACAGGAAACACCAUCUUUAAUGAUAAUGUGUUUCAUUCAGAAAUGAGUUCUUCAUCAGUGACCAGACGAUGUCAAACACACACUGAUACUGUUAAUAACAGAAGAGUGACAGUUAUUGAUACUCCAGACUUUAAGUUCUCCACUGAUAGAGACUUUGAUUCAGACUCUGAACUGAAGAGAGCUCUUGAUUUAUCUUCUCCAGGUGUUCAUGUGAUCCUCCUCAUUCUGUCUUUAAACACUUUCACAGAACAGGAGAAGGAGUUUGUGGAGUGGUUUGAACAGAUCUUUGGUGUAGAAGUGUUCAGAUAUACUAUACUGCUCUUAACUAAUGAUAAGCCACAUAUUAGACCAGUAGGAGAACUGAUCAGAGAAAAUGACCAUCUGUUAAAUCUUGUUAAUCAUUGUGGUGGGAGAUAUCAUGAAUUGAACAAUAAAGAUCGAUCAAACAGAAGGCAGGUGACUGAACUCCUGGAGAAGAUCGACAGAAUGGUGUCUGACAACACAAACACCUGCUACAGUCUAGAGAUGCUGCUGGAGACUCAAAGAAGAGCUGAAGAUCAGAAGAGAAGAGAGGAGGAGAGGAAAGAGAGAGAGCGUAAAGAGGAAUUAGACAGAGUCAGAAGAGAGACAGAGAUUCGUGUGAGGAGAGAAAUAGAAAAGGAAGGGCAGACUGGGAAAAGGGGAAACUGUCCAAGAUUUAUGCAGUCAAAUCUGAAAUAUUUCUGUGUAAUUAUGUUUUUUGCUGUAGCAACAGGAGGUAUUUUGGUGUGGAAGAAAGGGUCUUUACAUGGAUGGACUUUCACUAGGGGUUGUGCUACAGGAGGUUCAGCAGCAGCUGCGGGAGUUAUCACAGGGAAACUCUGGAGAUUAGUGUUGAAGAGUCUGUUUAUUUGUUCAUCUUCUCACGAGCAUCCCAGAACUGUUAGUCUGUUAGUUUUGAAGACAGCAGGUGUGAUGUGUGGUUCAGUCACUGGAGGAGUGAUCGGUCACUAUGUAGGGGGAAGUCUAUUUCCUGUUACAGUGUUAGCAGGAUUUGCUGGAGCUGCUGGAGCUUUUGUAUCAACACACUGAAGCUGCUAAUGGUUCACCACUCAUGAUGAUUAUAAUGUAUGUACCAGAAAGACAAGUUUUUCUACAUAGUAAGAGAAGCCUCGAAAAGCCCCUCUUAAACAUUCACUGCAAAACUCAACUAACUUGUGCUAAUUGAAUUCUUCUGGAAAUGUGCACAUAUUUUCCUUGUGUAAAUAUUUCUGUAUUAUUGUUUUCUGUUGCCCAGGUAUGAAUUCUCUGAAUAAUAAAAAAGGUCUGAAAGAAUGAAAAUUGUAUUUUAUUAGAUCUCUCUGCUGAUCCAUCAGUAAAUACAAUUGUGUGUAAUUUUCAAAUAGCAAAAAACUCUGUUGUUACGUGAACUCUUCUAUGAACUAAGAGGCACAUUCAAGGGAAGAGCAAGAACAGAUUUUAUUGAUUAUGUACAUUCAACUAUUGUUUUUGUACCAAACAAAGACAUUAAUUCUCUCAGGUGCUAGGACAAAUAAAUGAUGCUUAAUAUUAUUUGCACAACAUAAGUUUAUACUGCAAUAGCAAAACAUAUUUCAAAACAAUAUAAUGGAAAGUAAUUUGAGUAAAAAUAGAUAUAAAAAAUAUAGUGCUGCUUAAUUAGUAGAUAUGAAUAUACAUACACUGGCUGGCAAAAAUGAAAAGUCACAUACUCUAAUAGUUCUUGGACCGCCUUUAGCUUGGAUUCUGGCGUGCAUUCAUCGUGGCAUUGUGUGUGUGAAAAUGCUCUUACUUUUAUUUGAAUCAACUACAUUGUGUGUCAAAUAACUCAUUUGUCAUGAGAUCAUCAAUACUAAAAAGUGUGAAUUACUUUGAAUCUACAUAAGCCUAACAUGUUAGACCAACAAUAUCUAUUACGCUGUCCCAACUAGCUUUUAACAAAGUUUGAUCAAAGUCUGAUUAAAAAACAAUAAUAAUAAUAAUGUUGAAAACUUAUUGCAGCAUAAAUAAAUUGUGGUUAAUGUUAUAAUAAUAAUGAAUAAUAAUAAUUCCGGAACCCUAGGAUCAGCGACUGUAUGCCAACGCGCUGACAUGUGGCAUUUCCGAUCAGACGUUUACAUCGGUUUCACUAUGGUUACCUUCCCACAUGACACAACUGACAGCAAAUUAAAUCAGCAGCGUGAGAGACGACGGUUCAAAUCCACAGUGAAACCAGGUGGUGACCACAUUUGCAUAAUCAAUGACAAGUGUAAUUUGGAGGUUGCACUUUUGCCUCUAACAUUACAUUUUCAGUCCAUUAAUGGUUAGGUUAAGGUUUGGGUUGGGGGAUAGAAUCCAUAAAAUAUGCAUUCCUCUUCACUAUACAGUUGUGCUCAAAAGUUUGCAUACCCUUGGAGAAUUGGUAAUAUAUGUACCAUUUUUAAAGAAAACAUGAGUGAGCAGGCAAAACACAUCUUUUAUUUCUUAUGGGAUUCAUAUUCAACUGUAGGUUAUAACAGAAUGGCACAAUCAUAAAACAAAACAAAUGACUCCUGUUUA